CACUCUCUUACCCCUCCCUCUCUCUCCUUCCCCCCAUGGCUGCCCUCGCCCAUGUGCGCCGCCUCCUCCUCCACCCCGGCGCCGGAGCUCCGGCGAGAUCCUUCUACGCACAGCCCUACCAAGCCAAGGUUGGCGUGGUGGAGUUCCUGAACGGGGUCGGGAAGGGCGUGGAGACGCACGCCGCCAAGCUGGAGGAGGCAGUGGGCGGAGAUCUCCAGAGGCUGCUCGAGACCCGCACGCUGCGGCUCAAGAAGCUCGGCGUCCCCGUCAAACAUAGAAAGUUGAUUUUGAGUUUCGCUCACAAGUACCGUCUUGGUCUCUGGAAGCCCCCAGCAGAACCCAGGAAAGCACAAUGAAGUUGGUUUGUUUCUGAAGUGUCAACAUCGAAAACUAUGUGCUGAUAUUGGGUUGAAGCAUGUCUGGGAUGUGUUCAUUUUGAUGCCACAGUCAGAAUGUUGUCUGAUACGCUGUUCUGCGGAUCCAACCAAUAACUAGCCACUCUUGAUGGUGCUCUUUUGUAGUAUUUCUCUUUGUUAAAUUUUGUCUAGAUUUUCUCCUGUUAGAGGAAAGCAUCAUCAUUUCUUUUAACAUUCCGCUACCCCUGUGUUGUACCAAAUCAUAUGCCCUUAUUGAUCAUAACAGUAGGAGUAUGGUCCUGGCAAA